AGGCUUUCUCUCCGUAGUCUGGUCUAGCCUGGUCUAGUCUGCAGCUACAGACACAGAGACAGCCAGGCUCCCCUCUGCCUUUGUUAGCUAGCAGGGAGAGAGCACCACGAAGGGACACAGCAACAGCAUCCAUGCAAUAGCACAGCUUUUUAGAAAAUGAUCAUCUGUACAAAUAAAAUGGAGUACCCCCUAAGAACCCAGUACCAGCGAGUCCAAAAACAGGUGAUGGUGAACAGUGAGAAGGAGCGAGUGUCACUGCUGUUCAUGAAGGCUCUGGUCAGCAGGGGGAGCGUGGACGCUGUGUCCCAGCAGAUGGCGUCUCACCCUCAGUACUUGGAGAGCUUCCUGCGUACGCAGCACUACAUCCUGCACAUGGACGGCCCACUGCCGCUGCCGUACCGCCAUUAUAUCGCCAUCAUGGCUGCGGCGCGACAUCACUGCAACUACCUGGUGUACCUGCACUCGGCUCAUUUUCUGAGGGUGGGCGGGGACCCUCUGUGGUUGCAGGGUUUGGAGGCGGCUCCCUCUCGCCUUCGCCUCCUUGACCACAUCAACAAGGUGCUGGCCCACCAACCCUGGCUCAUAGCCUGCUCACACAUUCAGACUCUGCUGAAGUCGGGCGAGCAGUGCUGGUCGCUGGCCGAGCUGGUGCAGGCUGUGGUGAUCCUGGCCCACUGCCACUCCCUCUGCAGCUUUGUGUUCGGAUGCGACGCCGACUCAGACUUCGUCCCGCUCUCCAAGUCUCCUAACGGUACCCCUCCGACCUUCUGUCCCUUUGACGCUGCCAACGGCAACACCAACGUGCCUCAGUCGCUCGCCGCUCCCUCCGAACACAUAACACGACGACGGUCUCUGGACUCCAGUUGUGACAUGAUGUGUCUGAAGGAGAGGAUCCAGAAGUCCCAGGAGGAGCGCGAGAAGAGAGAGGAGCGUCUCCUGCAGACACAAACACUCCAGCAAACAGACAUGGAGGAGGAGGAGGAGACGAUGUGCUUCGCGGACCCGUCGCGUUUUAUCACGGACCCCGACUUUUGCUAUCAGGAGUUUGCGCGCCGGGAGGAGGACCACUUCCAAGUAUUUAGAGUUCAGGACUAUUCAUGGGAAGACCACGGCUUCUCUUUAGUCAACAGAUUGUAUUCUGACAUCGGCCACCUCCUUGACGACAGGUUCAGGAGCGUGACCACCCUCCCGUCACUGCACAGCGCCGACCUGAAGAGGGCGAUAUGGAAUUACAUCCAUUGUGUGUUAGGAAUCCGUUACGACGAUUAUGAGUACGGGGAGGUGAACCAGUUGCUGGAGCGAGAUUUGAAGCUGUACAUCAAGGCCGUGGCCUGUUUUCCAGACGCCACAAAGACUCCAGUGUGUCCGUUGAGUUGGACUCCACUUAAAACAUUAGAACGGAUACACGUAAACCUACUAAUCAUGGAGGCCCGGCUGCAGGCGGAGAUGCUGUACGCGCUGAGAGCCAUCACUCAGUACAUGAUCGCCUAAGUGCCCGGAGAGGCGCAAAGUUUCAAAAAACUCUCCGCCGGUACAGAGAGACCCAGAGACGUGAGGAUAAAAAGACAUCUCAGCAGCGGGCGGAGACGUGGGGACGGGAGCGGCACUUUUAAAAGGACACAGAGCUCCGUUGUUUUGCAGCUGUGCCUCAUGAAUGUGCUUUUCUUUUUCAAUGUGUUUAUACCAUAGUGUGCCACACCACCCUCCUCACCCCCUCCCGCAAACGGUCUCGUUGUGAAGUCCUCUUAUCGAAAGGUUAUGUGCAAUGAUUACUAGUACUUUUAAUUUUUACCUGUUGUCUUGUAUUCCAGUCUCAGCAGUAUGUUACCAGUGGCCAAUACUCUCCUUUAGUUUGACAAGUAUCCUUUUGUAUUAACUAUGCGUCUCCAAAACGACCCCCCACCCCUAAAAAACAAAAAAACAAACUUCUUUUGUACAAGUUGGAUGAAUGUUACUGGGAGACCAGGGCCUUUGUUUUUGUUAUUUUGGACAAUCCUAGUCAGUGUUGGAUGAGGACGUUCAUGAAGUGGACUGUGAAGGACGACUGUUUUCUUUGUAUUAAUGCUGGUCAAGAACAAACAACAGUGACACUGCUGGAAGAGAUCACAUCACUAUAGUUUCUUUUAAUAAGCACUUUUUUAAACUUUAUAUAUUUAUAAUGCAAGGUAGCUCGUAAGUAGACAAAGAGUUCGUGGGUCUGACACCUUUUCCUCUAAAGUGUAUAAAGACUUCUUUUUUUUUCUUUUUCUUUUUUUUUGACUAUUUUGUCCUCAAACUUUCAGACUUUGCUUUCGUAGUUCACUCCAGAGUGAGGUUAUGAGUGAAGGUACAGGAUUCUAGAAAUGUUGUGUUUCUGUUACAUAGAAGGAUUUUAAAGGUAACGAUGUUUGCAAAAAGAAAAAAAAAAAAAAUGAAAUCUGUGACAAAUCUGACGAGGUCUGAGAGCUGAGACGUUUGAGGACGAUUGAUGCUGAGCUGGAUAUGUUCAAAGUGUCCAUCAGUAGAUCUGCACCGGCCUGAAGUUCAGAAUCAACUAAAGCUUUUUUUUUUUGUGAGCUGUAUCAAAGCCGAUUAUCAAGUCGGAGUCCGCGGUAUGAUUUGUAAAGCAGAACAAUGUACGAACCUGUUGUUUAAAAACUGUAUCUGUUUGUUUCUCGGUUUUAUUUUUACAGUUUUGUAAACUUUGGGGUACUUUUUUUUGUUUGUUACUGGGUGUGCCGAUAGGACCUGCUGGUUGUAGACUGUUUAGCGUUAGGACUAGUAACCGCAGGACGUAGACGUAGAACUGCAUAUCGAUAAAAGCAAAAGUGCUGUUAACACAGGUGCCUUCAGGCUACAACUGGAGCGCUGCUUAAGUGGAGGGACGACUGGAGGCUGGACGUGGGCUCGGUCGCAGCUGGAAACACAGCCACCUGAAACUUUUCCUGCUUCACCGGGAACAGUUUUGUUUCUUUUCCCCUCGUGUUUCUCGGCACCAUUUCAGAUUAAUACGACAGCUGUGAACGCCCGUGUUUUCUAUCAGACACCUUCUACGAAGCCCCAGCAGCUCAUCUAGAGCCUUUGACACAGAUGGAUGUUAAAAAUGUUCAACUUUAGCGGAUUAAACACAAAAAAAAUGGACCGUUAUGUUAAAAAAAGAAGAAAAAAAGAAAAAGAGAUCAAGUGAAAAGGCAAAAAAACUGUUUUUGAAAAUGUGAAAAAAAAAUACUGUUUUCUAUAAAGAUGCUCUAUGAAAAUAA